AUGCCUGCGAAACGUCAAAAAGUCAACGAUACAAACACUAUGGCACACGCGUUCUCAGAUCUUCCUUCGGCUCUAGAAGCUGCCCUCCCAAAAGCCAACAAGGCUGCCGAGAGCGAUGAGCAAUUGAAGUACUUUACAACGAGCGAUGCUAUCGCCGAACCAAAAACCUUUGGAAUCAAGGCUGCCGGAUCUGACAAUGCCAUCGUCGUUACCGUGACCAAUGGCAAAGCCAACAUCCGAUCCGGUACCACUAAGGACUGCGCCUUCGUCUUGUCUGCGCUUCCGCAGCAAUGGCAAGAAUUCAUGAAGCAGACCCCUGUGGCACCAUAUCAAUCAUAUUGGGGCAUGUUCGGCAUGAACAUUAAGCAGGAAGGAAUCUCGGUUGAGGGCGAUCAGACCGCUUUUGCUCACUGGACUCAUGUCUGGCGUCGUGUACUUGAAAUUAUUCACGAUGCACAUGCGGGCCCAACGCCGGCUUACGAAGAGCCGGAAGUUGAUGAAGAUUUCAUCGUUGGCCGAUACACAUAUAUUAAAGUUCCAACUUGGGGCAAGUGCAAGGUCUUUUACGAGCAAGCCGGAGAGGGCGAUCAAGAGAUUGUGUUCUUGCACACUGCCGGUAGUGAUUCUCGUCAGUAUCACGGAGUAAUGAACAAUGAGCAAAUGAGGAAGCGGUGCCGUAUGACCGCCUUCGACCUCCCAGCACACGGCAGAUCAUUCCCUUACGAAGGCUACUGGCCUGGUAAGCACACCAACAACGAGGACACUUACGUUGGAUGUAUCGCUGCUGUGGUCAAGAAGCUUGGCCUGAACAAGCCCAUCAUCUGUGGUGCAUCCAUGGCCGGUCAGAUCUCACUCGCUUGUGCUGUGAGAUACAAGGAAGUUGGUUGCGUUGGCACGAUUCCAUUGCAGGGAAGUGAUUAUCUCAACAUGGAUCGCGAUUGGAACGAUCGUUCCCCCUACGUGAACCAAUCUUUGUUCGCACCCGAAUGGACCUACGGAAUGAUGUCCCCAACCGCACCGCUGAAAAACCGCCAGCUCGUCUGGCAUCUCUACUCGGCACAAGCCUACGGAAUCUUCCACGGUGAUCUGGACUUUUACUUUGGAGGCUGGGACGGUCGCUCCCGCAUGGCUGGCAUCGAUACCAAGGCUUGUCCCGUCUAUAUGCUCACAGGAGAGUACGACUGGUCCAACACUCCGGCCAUGUCUCAGGCAACUUGUGAUAAGAUUCCCGGAGGUGUGCAUACGGCUAUGAAGGGUCUUGGACACUUCCCAGCGACGGAGAACCCGGCUAUCUUUGUUGGUUACUUGCUGAAGGCUAUUGAUCAUAUUCAGAAGACUAGAGCUUAG